AUGAGAAUUCUGGCAGUUCUGUGUCUCGGCGCCAGCUUGCUGGCCAAUGCCGCCCCUACAGAUGGCAUUCGAGCCUUGGCUGAUCGCUUCCUGGACGGAAAAGGCGACGCCUUUGAGUUUACCUUGUCCGAAAAUAACGGCAACUGGUCUCGCUGGAACGCGCCCACGAAUGACAACUACACGGUGGCCGCGGCGAAAAACGGCAAGAUACAUAUCCAGGGCACCACUCUCAGUGCUCUGGCUCGCGGGCUGCGUCACUAUGCAAACGAUGUGCUUGAUAUUGAUGACUUUUGGUUUUUCCAGCGAAGCCAAAAGCUGCCCAACAACCUGCCGCUGCCAGCAAAGCCCAUUGCCGGCUCCAGUUCUGUUCCAUGGCGUUAUAACCUAAACACUGUGACCUUUGCCUACUCUUUUGCUUGGUAUCAAUGGAACGACUGGGAAAAGCUGCUCGACUGGGCCGCCCUCCACGGCGUCAACUUCCAGCUGGCCUGGGUGGGCUAUGAGAAGAUUUACCUCGACAGUUUCCGCCAGCUCGGUAUGAAGGACGACGACAUUCUCGACUUUUUCAGCGGGCCGGCCUUUCAGCCCUGGAACCGCUUCGGCAACAUCAAGGGCACCUGGGGCCCCGAGCGCCGGCUCUCCAUGGCGUGGAUCGACCAGCAGUUUGCGCUGCAAAAGCAGAUUGUCGCCCGCAUGGUGCAGCUCGGCAUCACGCCCAUCCUUCCCGCCUUUCCCGGGUUUGUGCCCGAUGCAUUCGCGCGCGUCAAGCCGGACGCGAAUGUCGUCCGGGCGCCGGCCUGGGGAGGGCUGCCCGAGGACAACAACAAUACCCAUGCGCUGUUCCUAAGCCCGCUGGACGACUCCUACGCCGAAAUCCAGAAGCUGUUCGUGGAGACCCAGAUCAAAGAAUACGGCAAUGUCACAAACAUGUACGCCAUGGACCAGUUCAACGAAAUCAACCCCGUCUCGGGCGACCCAAGCUAUCUAGCCAAUGUUUCCAAGAACUCGUACACAGCACUGACGGCUGCCAAUCCCGCUGCGGUCUGGAUCAUGCAGGGAUGGCUAUUCUACCUGAGCGCCGGAAACUUCUGGACGCAGGAUCGCAUUGAUGCCUACCUGAGCGGACCGCAAGACGAGGCCGGCAUGGUCAUUCUCGACCUGUUCAGCGAGACGGCGCCGCAGUGGCAGCGAACAAAGAGCUAUUCGGGCCGACCCUGGAUCUGGUGCCAGGUGCACGACUUUGGUGGCAAUCAGAAUCUGUUUGGAAAGAUUACCAAUACGACUGUGAACCCAAUGGAGGCACUGCAAGAGUCUGGUUCCAUGGUCGGGCUGGGCAUUGCCACGGAAGCAUACGAGGGCAACGAAGUCAUCUACGAUCUCUUCUUCGACCAAGGCUGGUCCAAGACGCCCAUUGACACCGUUUCAUACUUUCAUGAUUGGACGACAAGACGGUACUCGGGUGUGAAGAAGCUGCCGGCUUCGCUGUACCGAGCAUGGGAGCUUCUGCGCUCCACCGUCUACGACUACCAGUCUUCCGCCCUCAUUGGCGUGCCCGUGUCCGUCUACCAGGUCGAGCCCAACGUAACCGGCCUGCACAACAUGACCACCGGCAAGCCCACCGCGCUGCACUACGACCCCAAGGCGCUGCUGCCCAUCUGGGGUCUCUUCCUCGGCGCAGCCACCGAGCAGCCGGGCCUCUGGUCCGAGCCCGGCUUCCGUCUCGACGUGGUCGACGUGACGCGCCAGGUGAUGAGCAACGCCUUUGACCACCUAUACCUGGACGUUGCGUCGGCCUUUACGCAGAAGCGGCCGGCGUCGGACGUGUUCCGGCGCGGCGCGAGGAUGCUCGCGUUCCUCGACGACCUGGACGCGCUGCUCUCGACGCAGGAGCACUUUACGCUGCGCAAGUGGCUGGACGCCGCCCACGCGUGGGGCGAGAGCACCGGCGAAAAGGACUCGGUGGCGUACAAUGCGCGCAGCCAGGUUACCAUCUGGGCGCCGCAGACGCUCCUCAACGACUACGCGGCCAAGGCGUGGUCGGGGCUCGUCUCGACGUACUACGGCCAGCGCUGGCGCAUCUUUGUGGACAAGCUGGUGGAUGCGCUGGAGAAUCACGACGGCAAGCUGGACUAUGCGGCACUGCACAAGGAUAUUGGCGAGUUCCAGACGUCGUGGCAGACCAAGGGAUACAAUAUUGAGGGUGGGAUGGCGUCCAAGAGCGCCGCGGAUGUGCAGGACGUUGUCGAGUCAAUCAAGCAGCGCUGGCAUGAUGAUCUGUAA